GAGGAACCAGCUCUCGUUUCAUUUCUCCUUCGUCGUGAGGAUUCGAACUGACCGAGUUAGGGUUGACGCAAAAAAGAGCCCUGUCUUUUGGGGUGACGUGUAUGAGCGGAGGGCGGUUGGCGGCAAGGCAGCAGCGCGAAGCAAAGGCACAUUGUGCGUGGAAUGGAGAAUGUAGCAUGAAAGGCAGCGACACAGCCGUUUUACCCGUGCAAUUUAAAAGUCUGGCUCCCAAAAGGUAUGUUGAGGAAACCAGGCCUAGUCGGACACCUCCAGAACACAGGAGGGACUCAUCCAGGGCCAGUUCCUUGUUUCGUAACUUUGAGAAGGAAUUGGUAGACACUUCGGCUCCAAAUAGCAGCAGGAGGAACUCCAGCACGAGUUCAGCCAGCAGAUUUGCAGAGACGAGCCGGCCAUCGGCUUCUGAUCUUCACGAACUUAGAUAUGGAAGGAGUAGCAGCAUUUCCACGCAAUCCUCGACAACUCCUAAGGACGAACCAGUUUUCCCAAGCAGGACUUCAGUCAGGGCUAUAGAAACCAAAGACGAAGCUGACGGAUGGAAUGAUUUUUCAUUUUCCUCCAUGCCUUUGCGACAACCAGGGAAGAAACCAGGGUCUCGAGGCGGUGAAGAUGAAUACGAAGAAGGUGGCCGGUCAAGUAGCAGGCUGAGCAAUAGUGGGGGCUGUUCGUCGUCGGGAACCGGGCUCUCACAGUCAUUUACUGAGAUGAACUUGCGAACGAGACAGUCCUCUUUUCAAGACUCCCGGGGAAGUAGAAGCAACAGCUUGAACAGCAGAUCUUCCAUUCAGGGAAGGCAAGUCGCAGGUCUAGUGGGUCUGAUGAACGAGGGGAACACUUGCUUCUUAAACAGCUGCUUGCAGUGCUUGGCACACACAGUCCCGCUCUCGUCAGCAAUUCUAGGACCGUUUUCGGAGUUGAUCCAAACCAAAGGUGCCGCAGCGAGGAGCAGGAGAGACACGGCUAGCUUGUCCGAAAUGCUGGCUUAUUCUUUUCGCCAGCUUCUCAAGGACCUUUGUGGAAAACCAUCGUACUCGACUGCCAGUGCGUCAAUGCUUCUACAGAGCUUGCAAGGCUUGUCACCCCAGUUUGCUGGGAAUCGACAACACGAUGCUCAGGAGGCGAUGCGAACAAUUAUUGAUGGGCUUCACGAAGCAUUGAAUCGAAAACCACCCGGGCGUCCAAAAUGUCCAGAGCCUCCUCCCACAACACCGGAAGCCGAGAUUGCAGAUAUUUGCUGGGAACAUCACAAAAUGUGGAACAACUCCGUGAUUCAGGAUAUCUUCUGCGGACAGCUGCAGAGUACCAUAGAAUGCUCGGUGUGCCACAGAAAGUCGCAUUGUUUUGAUCCUUUCCUGGAUUUGUCACUCCCACUUUCAAAGAGCGGUGGCUCUGAUAACUUCAGGAACUUCGGCAGCAGCCGCUCGAGGAUGACGAUCGAGGAUUGUCUCUCGGCGUUUGUCGCUCCCGAGACACUGGACCCGUCCAACAAGUACUAUUGUUCCGGUUGCAAGAUGCAUCGUCAAAGAUCUACGUCUCUUCAUCCUCGUUUUCUUAACUGCAGGCUCCACAAAUCUCUACCAAGAAACUCAGCAUUUACAGGGCUCCUUCGGUCUUAGUCCUUCACAUCAAGAGAUUCUAUGGUGUAGAACCACGCUCCUACAGAAAGGAUGACCGGCCCGUUGUGUAUCCUCUCAAUGGACUUGAUCUUAGCAGUUUCAUGAGCACGACUGCCAAGAGGCAUUUUUCUCAGCAGCAGGCAACGUAUGAUUUAUAUGGUGUUUGCUCGCAUUUUGGAUCACUAGGCUAUGGACACUACACCGCGACGUGUAGAAGUGUUGACAAUGGCUGGUAUUGUUACAACGAUAGUAGCGUUACUUCUGUACAGGACCCGGUUGAUUCUUCAGCCUACAUCCUCUUUUAUCAGAGGAGUUAAAAG